AUGGGCGGAAAGCGCAAGGCCUCCCAGGACCUGCGCGGUCACUCCCUCACUGCUGAAGAUCUAGACGUUUCGCGUAAAGCUCUUGAUGGUCCCACAGACGACGAUCUAUCUCGCGACAGCCAUUACGCUGAAUUAUACGCCAAACCACCGGACUUUCAACAGUUGGCUUUGCAAGAUGCAGAUUUUGCACGACUGUGGGACCAACACAAGAGUGACUUCUUUAACGAUCCGGAAUGCGUCAUGCAAUUAACAAAAACUCUUCUCAAACUGGAUUUUGGACUACAACUUGAACUUCCCGAUGAUCGGCUGUGCCCACCGGUCACUAAUCGACACAACUAUUUACUAUGGUUGAAAGGCCUCCUUGAUAGCACCUCAUACGAGAAGCAAGGUCGGCAAAUUGUUGGACUGGAUAUAGGUACUGGUGCAAGCUGUAUCUACCCUCUGCUGGGAUGCACUGAACGGGACUGGAAAUUUAUCGCCACAGACAUUGAUUCAAAAAGUCUUGAGUAUGCUCGCAAGAACGUGAGCCUGAACAAAUUGGAGCACAGGAUUCAUGUCAUGGAGCGAAAGUCGUCUGAUACUGUCAUCCCGCUCGAUGAUCUGGGAAUAGAUAAUAUCGCAUUUACCAUGUCAAACCCACCCUUCUACAAAUCCGAAGCUGAGUUAGUAGCAAGUGCGAAACAGAAGUCUCGUCCCCCUUUCACAGCAUGUACAGGCGCCAAGGUCGAGAUGGUCACUGAGGGAGGUGAAGUUGCUUUUGUCGACCGCGUACUUAAAGAAUCCCUCGUCCUUCGAGAGCGUGUACAGUGGUACACCUCCAUGUUUGGGUUUCUCACAAGCUUAAUUGAGUUUGUUGAUAAACUGAGAGAGCAUAAUAUCGACAACUACGCUGUUACAGAAUUUGUACAGGGAAACAAGACAAGACGAUGGGCUAUUGCAUGGAGUUUCGGAAGCAUGCGGCCAACGCAGGAAGCCGCUCGUGGAAUCAAGACAGCAGUUUCCAGAAACAUUCUUCCCGAGAUCACAGAAGAGAAAGUCGUCGAUGUGCCUUUAACUCAGGAGGUUGGAAGCUUUGCCGAUCGAUUCCGUGCUGAAAUUGGGAAGCUUGACUUGAUCUCAUGGGAGUGGGACAAUGGUCGCCUGGAGGGCACAGGACGAGCAGCAGGCCGUGUCUGGGCGCGAGCAUGGCGCAGAAGGAAGCAGAGGGGUGAGAUACAAGAUUCGGAAGUUAAAGAGGCAAAGUGUGAGUUUGCUUUCAAGGUGUUCAUGCGGGUUGGCAAGGAAGAAGUGUCCGUUGGCUGUCGAUGGCUAGAGGGUCAUGAUCCUGUUGCUUUUGAGAGCUUCCGGGGAUAUCUGAAGAAGACGGCGAGAACUAUCUUCAACCCCCAAGAGACGAAAAUGACAGGGUAG